AUGUCUUCCCCCGUCGACGCCGCCGCGCACAUCCUCAACCUUCUUUCCAGACUUCACUGCAUCUCCCUCGAGCAAGAAGCCGCCAUCUCCCGCACUGACAAAGGCAAAGUCUUCUCCUCUGACGUCCUCGGUGAUCUUGAGGAUAAAGCCCAAGAGCAGAAUCCCAGAGAUGCAUUCGAUCAGCUCAUGCUAGACAAAUUCAUCGCUCUGGACGAGGACAAGUGCCAGUUUGUUUACCAACUCAUCAACGCUAUGGGAGCUACGAAUGUUGUCGAGGCAGGGACGAGCUUCGGCGUUAGUACCAUUUACCUGGCGCUUGCUGUUGCAAAGACCAAGGCUGCUACAGGGAAGGAAGGCGUUGUUAUUGCUACUGAGAAGGAAAAGGAGAAAGCUGAGAUUGCAAGGAAGUACUGGGCGGAAUGUGGUGCUGUAGUGACUGAUCAGAUUGACUUGAGAGAGGGAAACCUGCUCGAGACGCUUGCACAAGGAUUGCCGCAGGUUGACCUUUUACUUUUGGAUAUCUGGUCUGCACUCUCUCUUCCAACUCUCAAGAUAGUCCAGCCUUACCUUCGCUAUGGUGCUGUUGUUCUCACCGACAAUACGAUUUCCGGUGCCAAGGGGUAUGCCGACUUGCUGGCGUACAUGCGAAACCCGGAGAAUGGGUUCCGGAACAUGACUUUACCUUUUAGUAAUGGCUUCGAGAUGAGUGUAUAUAUGCCAGAUGCCAAAUAA